CUGCCCGUGAACGUCAGACUGCGUUCCGUUCCACGGCGUGACUUCAUUUCGUGACGCUGAGAAGUUAUGGAGGUGCGGGUCCCAUAGUCUCGUGGGGGUCGGGUGUGAGAUAGCGAGUCGUCGUCCUUGGUGUGGACGUGCUGGACAGAGUCCGGUGUGUUGGUAACAAAUCGUCGAAUAAUUGCUCGCUAACGAUUCCAUACUGACUACGAUAUAAUUGCAACGAAGGCCUUCGUCACGUGUUGGCAAUUCCGCGAGGAGGAUACGUCGGAUUUCGCGAAAGUGACUGGAACAGUGACCACCGAGAUCUUGCUCUGCGAGGUUCUCGUUUCGUCCAUUAUAAUUCAAGCAGUUUCGCGAACUGUGGUAGUAAAACUUGGUGUGUAUCCCCUGGUGUACAGGGGUAUUAAAAGUGGAGGGACACGUUUGUAGGGAAGUUUGUCAAUAGUGAAAACAUCUGGAGCACAGUUUGUAUAAGCUGUUUCAGAAAACGUGUGCAUUAAUUUGAAGAUUCAACAGCUAUCUCGUAUGAGUAGCUAGUUUUGGAAGUUCGCGAGUCUCGUAUUCCAGUGUACAGGCUGCUCCAUUGAAAGUGGCCGGCAGUUGAAGAUCUCGCAAGAAGAAGGCUCGAUCGAUUGCAGAAGGUUCACGUAGAUACCACGAGAAUGAAGCUUGCAGUUUGUCGUCUUUAUCUGUGCUUGCUCGUGCUCGUCGUACUGACAUGUCACUGCCAGGGACAGCACACAACUACGGAGCCUUAUCUCUUGAACAAGAUCAAGGAAACGUUGACGAACGUGAAAGAAAAAUUCGACGAAAUGGCCUUGAGAAAGAGAUUGCACAUCUUCGAUCCACCGUGGACUCAUGAAACUACCACGAGCACUACGACUACCAUGAGUACCACGACUACCAUGGACACGGAGACAACCACCGAAGACUUUGAUUUGCUGAACAGAAACUUCAUUUCGGUGCCCGUGAGAUGUCCCGCCGGUCAUGUAAACGUGAAAGGCACGUGUCGCGUUUUACAAAAUUGAUGAAAGAUUUGCGAGGAAUAAAACGCACGCGAGCAACGCGUGAUCAGAACAGGGCCAAUACGUAAUAUCCAGAUCCCUGCACAGUGUGAAUGCAUAUGCAUCAUCCGGGAGCCCUUCUCAGGGACCGCUAAAACGCGUCCCUGAGCAGCCAUUUCUCUGUGGCCGCAGCGUCGAUCACGUGAACUUUCCGUUUAUAUUUCCUGCCAAUCCUCGUCGAGUUCGGUAUAGUCGCUUCAAUUUUCCUUGCUUUCGCGUAGCCUCUAGUAUGCUUUUUUCUCGUUAUAAUCUGCUAAUUAUACCUUUAUUGCGAUACAACGCUGGCUGCCAUCUUUGUUUCGAAACGCCCUGUACACUGCAAUAAAUAUUAACAAGAAAAUUCUCGCAAUUCUAUUUCUAUUCUGUUACGACGAAAUAUAUCGCAUUGAUAAAA